UUUUUAUUUUGGAUGCAAUAGGCAUCGUACUAACAAAUAACCAUGUUGAAUUUACAAAUCGGUUUAUGUACCAUUUGCAUAAAAACAGAAGCCUCGAUAACAUUUGCACAUCGCCCGAAUGGGUUCGGCAAGUAUUAGCAACGGUCUAUUUAGGCACAAAAGGCACCACAAGGGAGAACCUCGAGGAAGGACUGAUGUUGCGGACUGUCAGCCCAAUGGUGGCAGUUAAGGAAUUUCAAGACUUCCAUAACAAACUAACAGAAGGUCAUGUUAUAUUCAGUACUGGAAGUUUCGUGUUUGGUACUGAAGGCAAAUCUAUUAUAAACGGGGAGUAUCUAAAAAAGACUGAAAAUGUCUUUAAAACAGUUAACAGAAAGGCAAUAUCUUUAGACGAAAAAUGUUUGUGCAGCUUAAAAUAUUUUAUAUGGCCAAAAGUUAAUCACUUCAUUCAUACACCAAGAGUUGGUCCAAACAUUGAGGACACGAAGGUUGGAGUUGUCAACACCAUUUACUUUCGUGGUUAUUGGAAAUAUCCAUUUGAGACAAUACAAUAUAAUGAUCAGCUCGAGCGUAAUUCAGUGCUAAGGUAUAUGAGUGCGACUGGAAAAAUGGCUUAUGAAUAUAAUGCCAAGUUGAGGGCCUUAAUGGUGAGCAUACCCUUUAAGGAGUCGGAUUAUUCGAUGCUUAUUAUAAUACAAGCUGCGACUCCAAAAAUUGAAGAAAUCGAGGUACAAUUAAAGGACAUUGAUUUGCUAAGGGUAGCGCGUGAUAAGAAAAAAUUAUUUGAGUUAAUGAUGCCAAACAUGAAAUUUAAUUUUGAAAUGGACUUAAAUGAUUUUAUAUACAAGGAAAUGAACAUACAAGGAAUUUUCGAAAAUUGGAGAGAUUUCAGUAGUUUAUCUAACAAAAAACUUCUCGUUCAGAGUAUUACCCACAAAACCAGAAUAGUGGUGAACCCAAGAAAAAUGGAAGUGGCAUCAGUAAAUGUUGUUCAAUUUGACGAGACCCCAAAAGGAGCAUACAGAAAUUCUGAAUACGAGCAACGUUCAAGAAUCAGGGAUGCAGAAAAGGUCAAGCUAAACAGGCCAUUUCAUUUUGCUGUCAGAAACAGGGAGAAAAUAUUUUUCGUGGGAACAAUUAAGAACUUCAAUAAUAUUAUCUAAUGUAGUUCCAUAAAUAUAUACAUAUGCAAAUAAAAUAUACAUAUGUACACAAAUAUACAUAAUAAAUUAAGAACUUCAACAAUAUUA